UCGGAGUGUUUAUGUGUUGCUUUUGUUGAAGUCGGACUGUUGUGUCUGUGACGGGAGGACUUCUCUUCGUCACGUGUUGCACGUGAAGUGGUAGAAAUGCUUGUGAAAAUGAAUGAACGAUAUCUCGGUCCAGCACUUAAGAGAAGGGCUGUGUUAAUAUGUGACAAGAGAUAAUUUUCUUUCUUUUUGUCGGUUACUAUUAAAGAGCAAACGAGACGAUGCAAUGCACUUUCAUUCAGUCCAGAGUGUCUGUGGAGUAUUAAAGAGAGAGAGAAAUGAGGGAGAAAGACAGGAAAACUGCCCAUUUUUAGAGAACAAAUCCAUUUUAACUCGUGAAAAAAAAACAAAAAAAAACCUGCCUGCACUAUAUCCUUGAGAGUCCACCGUGAGGGGAGGGUGUGCUCGUUAUUGAGGGCUAGCUGUUAAAGGUUCAGCUGAGUUCAAAGUACUAUAAUUAUCAUUAAACUCUGCUGCACUUUUGUCGUAGUUUGCUCUGCUUUGGUUGCUAAAGCUGAAAGGUGAACAGUUUCAGCAAAGAAUAAAAGUAGAAAACAGACGGACAAAAAGAAGAAUAGCAACAACAUCUGCCCUGUUCUCGUCAAGUCCAAGUGAGUCGACUGAUUGAAGACGGGCUCCUGUGGAUCCUAGCCAUGGAUGAAAAGAUGACACCUUUGGACUGCCUGCUGCCCUCAGGCAAACAGAGGAUCUGUCUGAUCAUACUGAACCAGCCGCUGGAUAAGGACCACCUACAUAUCCUCUGGAGUAAAGCUCUCUUGAGGGCAUGUGCUGAUGGAGCUGCUAAUCACCUUCAUAACAUCACAGCUGGGGAUCGCGACAGCUUUCUCCCCGACUAUAUCAGUGGGGAUUUUGAUUCCAUUACAGCAGAGGUCAAAGCUUUCUAUGCAGACAAGGGGUGCAAGCUGAUAGAAACAGCUGACCAGGAUCUUACGGACUACACCAAAUGUCUUGGAAUCAUGGUGGAGGAGAUUCAGAGGCGACAGCUACAGGUGGAUACGAUAGUGACACUGGGUGGUCUGGCGGGCAGAUUUGACCAGGCAAUGGCAUCUGUGGAAACCCUUUACCACGCUCUGUCAAUGACACACCUCCCACUGUUGAUCAUACAGGGAACAAGCUUGGCAUAUCUACUCAGACCUGGCAGCCACAGACUGGAGGUGAAUACAGGUCUGGAGGGGGACUGGUGCAGCCUGAUUCCAGUAGGUGGACCCUGCCAGACAAUCACCACUGGGCUCAAAUGGAACCUGAAUAAUGAGGUCCUGCAGUUUGGCAAGCUGGUAAGCACCUCCAACACUUAUGAGCCCACUGACCCCGGAAAGCCCAGGAAGGCCGUAACCGUGACCACAGACCAGCCUCUUCUUUGGAGCAUGGGCAUCCGUAAAAACGGGGAAUGACAAAAAAAAGAGAUUCUUCUUAAUGGGAGUGAAAAGUUAGGAAUUGUGACCUAGUUUCUCCAGAUCAGCUACGGAAAAUAAAACAAAAAAAAAAAACCUCAGGUUUUACACUUACAUUUGAACAGGCUUUUUGAUUUUUGUUCGCUCAGGUAUAAAUGAAAAAUCUAAUGCUGAAAAGCUCAUUUCUCGGCUGUAACCAUGGUGACCACUGUUUUUUGAAUAACAUAACAUACUCAAACCACAAUAGUCAUGAAUGCCAAAUUAUUACUACUCAAGUCUUUCAUGAUGGUAAUGUGAAGUAGCACUAUACAGUUAAACUCUAUUCCUACGUUGAGCUUCUACACUGUAGUGUUAAAUUCAAAAUGAACAAUUCUGUUUUAAUAUGUGCACAUUAUUGCCUACAUGUAUCCAGAUAUCCACUUUGCAUA